UGACAUUCAUAUUAAAUUAAAGCUUACAUAAUCAGCUUUUAUCAGAGAUAAAUAUUUUUCACAAUCUAGUAUUUGCACUUAUUGUAAAACAUUGUUAAAAAUUUAAUAUUUGAACAGUUAAAUAACAUUGUAUACAUAAAAUGAAGUGGACUAUUUUUUGUGCUACAUUGGUUAUAUGGAAUCAUAUAAUAUCUGGUCAAGACAUUGUAUUUCCAACAGAAGAUGAUAUACCUCCUAUUAGUAGCAGCAUAGGAAUGGUAACAGAACGGGUACCAUUAGAUGCAACAGGUCAAUGCCCUGAAAAUAUGUAUAUUUAUCCCGGAUAUGGAAAUAAAAGUGCAUGGAUAUGUGAUUGCAAACCUACAUUUUUAUAUUUUCCUUUGAAUGACAGUUGUUAUGCAGCUUAUAGACAAGGACCUUGUCCCCCUAAAAAUUAUGUAGUAUUGCCUAAAAAUGAGGCAACACCACAAUGUGUAAAAAAUCCAUGCUCCGAAGAUGGUUUGGUACAGUAUAAUAAUGAGUGUUAUCCUCUGCGAACUAUAGGUGGUCCAUGUGCUCCCAAAGGAGUAUUGACUAUAAAUGAAACUACUUUUGAGAUAGAAUGUGCACCAGCAGAUGUUGAACAAUUUAUAAUAGUGGAUCCACCUCCAAGACGGUGUCCUAUAGGAACACGUAGAAAUACUCUUGGAAUAUGUAGAGAUGUAUUGAAGCCUUAACGUAUUAUUUCUUGAAUUGUCAUUUACACAUUUCUUAGAAUAAUAAAUUUCUAUGCACGUUUAUA